CCUCCUCCCUCCUCCCCCUCUCCUCUCCUCUCCUCUCUCUCCUCCUCUCCCCCCUGAAAACCUGUGACUCAGAGAGAGAGACCUUGGCUCCUCCAGGACUCUACCCUCAGGGGCUGCCGGCCUGUCUCUGCUCCUGAAUUUGGGGGCAGGGGGGCAACCACCCCAAGAAGUCUCUCCAGCGAUGGGAGCCACCCGCUUGCUGCCCAACCUCACGGUGUGCCUGCAGCUGUUGAUUCUCUGCUGUCAGACGCAGGGGGAGAAUCACCCGUCUCCUAAUUUUAACCAGUACGUGAGGGACCAGGGUGCCAUGACUGACCAGCUGAGCAGACGGCAGAUCCGUGAGUACCAGCUCUACAGCCGGACCAGUGGCAAGCAUGUGCAGGUCACCGGGCGUCGCAUCUCUGCCACCGCAGAGGAUGGCAACAAGUUUGCCAAGCUCAUAGUGGAGACGGACACCUUCGGCAGCCGGGUGCGCAUCAAGGGGGCCGAAAGUGAAAAGUACAUCUGCAUGAACAAGAAGGGCAAGCUCAUUGGGAAGCCCAGCGGGAAGAGCAAGGACUGCGUGUUCACUGAGAUCGUGCUGGAGAAUAACUACACAGCCUUCCAGAAUGCCCGGCACGAGGGCUGGUUCAUGGCCUUCACGCGGCAGGGCCGGCCCCGCCAGGCCUCCCGCAGCCGCCAGAACCAGCGCGAGGCCCACUUCAUCAAGCGCCUCUACCAGGGCCAGCUGCCCUUCCCCAACCACGCGGAGAGGCAGAAGCAGUUCGAGUUUGUGGGCUCGGCCCCCACCCGCAGGACCAAGCGCACCCGGGGACCCCAGCCUCUCACGUAGUGGCUGGUGGGAGGCCGGGCCAGCUGCCUUUCCAGCCCUUCCCUU